AAAUUUAAGGAUGCAAAGAAAGUGGCACAGCAAUGUCUCAAUAAGUGUCCUGUCAAGGUGAUUCACCAAUUUUUUAAUCAAUCAUGGUGGUUUAUGGAUGCAUAUCAUAAGGGGCUUAUAGAGAAAGUGGCAGAGUGGGCUGUAUGCAAACAAAAGUCACACAGAAGGGUUGGGCAGUGCACAAUGAUGUCUGUUGAUACAAUGCUAACCUGA